AAUUCUUCCCCACUAAAAUUCAAACCUUUGCUAUCUCUUCCAUUAAUACACACAUUUAUCACUUCUUCUUCUUCUCUUCUUUUUUCUCUUUCAUUCAUCUUCACAUCACUCUUCAACAAACUUAAUUUGCUCUCACACUUCAUCAAAAACUCAUCUAAAACUCAAAAUCCAUACAUUCCUCUUCCGACCCGAUCCGUUUAAACAUUCAUAACACAAAAUUCAGCCAUGUUUGGCUAUCUCAUAGCACUUCAUCAAGAACCCAUUUUUUCUUCUUGACCUGUUUACUCAUUUCAUGUCACAAAUACAACCAUGUUUGGCUAUUUCAUAGUACUCCAAGAACCCAUUUGAAACCCAAAAUCCCCAUUUUUUUCUUUCUUCCUGAGCCAUUUCAUAUCACAAAUAAAGCCAUGUUUGGCUACUGCUUAGUACUUAAUCAAGAACCUAUCUGAAACCCAAAAAUUUCCCCUUUUUUCCAACCCAUUUCAAGAAUUAACCCGACCCAACAUCCUAGAAAACAAUCUAGUUCAGUUUUUAUAUAUACAUAUGUUUGUUUAUCUCAUAGUACUUAAUCAAGAACCCAUCUAAAACCCAAAAAAAUCCAUUUUUUCAACCAACCCAUUUACCCAUUUCAUCAAUUAACUCGACCCAACAUCCUAGAAAACAAUUUACUCGUUUUUUUAAUAUUUUUAUUUUAUUUUUUAAUAUAUAUAUACAUUGUCAUAAGAUAUGUACAAGAACCAGUUACAAGAGUUAGCACAAAGGAGUUGUUUUAACUUGCCUUCAUACGUAUGUAUAAGGGAAGGUCCCGACCACGCGCCGAGGUUUAAGGCUGUCGUUAACUUUAACGGUGAGAAUUUUGAGUGUCCAAAUUACUGUUCUACCCUUCGUCAAGCUGAACAUGCUGCUGCUGAAGUUGCACUUAACGCUCUUUCUAAUCGUGGUCCUUCUUACUCGCUUGCUGCCCGUAUACUCGAUGAAACGGGCGUCUAUAAAAAUCUGUUACAGGAGAUCGCGCAAAGAGUCGGAGCUCCUUUGCCUCAGUACACUACUUAUAGGUCAGGACUUGGACACCAACCUGUGUUUACAGGAACAGUAGAAUUGGCUGGAAUUACGUUUACCGGUGAACAAGCCAAGAACAAAAAGCAAGCUGAGAAGAAUGCUGCCCUGGCAGCUUGGUCAUCGUUGAAACAAUUGGCACAGCAAGAUGCAAGUUUAUCAUCCGAACCAGAGAACAAUGACGAACAAGAGCAGAUCAGAAUAGCAAGAGCUUUACUGAACUACCGCUUGAAGGAAAAGUUAGAAAUGGCCAAAUCUGGCAAUGUGUCUAUACCAUUCCAGAAGAAGUUUCCAAUUCCAUCUCCUCGACCAUCAAGUCCACAACGUCCUGCUGCCACCACAUCCAAAAUCCUCCCGUUAAUCUGCCCGAAAACAGUUACUCAUUACAGAUCGUCCUCCACGCCUCUGCCCCAAUCACAGGCUUCAUCAUCAGAAGGCCGCACAGUUCCUGCUCCAGGUGCAGCUCCAUAUAAGCCAGUUAGACAAUACAACAGGACACCUUAUCGAGGUAUUGCUCCGCCUGUUACAAUAAGAACAGCCGUGCCAGUUUUCUCUGCUCCACCUCGUCCUCAACCUACUGGAUGUGGGCCUCAAAUGAUGCAGGCCCGGCCCGUUCGUGUUGCACCACCUGUCUGUGUUAGGCAGGCUAUCCCAGUAUUUGCUGCUCCACCAACCAAAAAGGAGACCGUGGCACAUGCUACUACUGAGUCAAGCAGCAGGCCAUUAGCUCAGCCCGAGCAGGCCCGUCCCGUUCGAGUUGCACCACCUGUCUGUAUUAGGCAGGCUAUCCCAGUAUUUGAUGCUCCACCAGCCAAAAAGGAAACUGUUGCACAUGCUACUACGCCAAGUGGGCAAUUAGCUCAGCCCGAGGAAACUGGGAACAAUUCUGGCACGGAGGUUGAUGAAUCAACAGCAAUGAAGUGCUUGGAGGAGCUCAAGUUAUGACAGGUUGACCUAACCUAUGUCAAACAUUUUUGUUGUCUUCUUUUAAUGCCUUGGUGGUUUGAACAAAUCAAGGGCAAUGAACUGCUUGGGAAGUUCAGAGAAUGAUAGUAGUGACUGGGACAAUGAUAGUAGUGACUGGGACAUAGUUAAUCUAUUGAUAUAUCUAUGUUAAGAUUUCUGUGUAUCUACUAUAAUUUUGCUAUGUUUGAUUCCUAUUUCAAUGUCCUUUUUCUU